AUGUCUGAUAACUACGGUAGCUACCAAACGGAGAUCUAUGGCAAGGGUGCCUUAAUGAGCAUCCUGCCUGGUGUAACCACCGAUCCCCGCAAGCUAGAGGAGCAAGCUCGAGAGUCUCUAGGCCUUCGCGCAUUCAAUUAUGUCGCCGGCGGAGCAGGCGAGAAAGCGACCAUGGAUAGCAAUCGGCUGGCAUUCCGGCAGUGGAAGCUGAUCCCACGAAUGAUGCGAAAUACACCCGAGCAAGACGUUUCGGUCGAGCUCUUCGGUCAGAAAUACGAUAAUCCCCUUAUCAUGGCACCGGUCGGCGUACAGGGCAUCUUCCAUGAAGACAAGGAGGCAGGCCUUGCAGAAGUAUGCGAGGACGUCGGGGUGCCGUAUACGAUGAGCACGGCGAGUACGAGCUCGAUUGAAGAGGUUGCGACCGCCAACAAGGACGGGAAGCGAUGGUAUCAGCUGUACUGGCCGAAGGACAACGAUAUUACUCUGUCGCUGCUAAAGCGGGCGAAAGAGAACGGGUUCUCAGUUCUGGUUGUUACUUUGGAUACCUGGUCGCUGGCGUGGCGGCCGGCAGAUUUGGAUAACGCCUACGUACCCUUUAUCAAGGGGGUGGGGAACCAGGUCGGGUUUAGCGAUCCUGUUUUCCGCGCGAAGUUCGAGAAGGAAACUGGAUCGAAGAUUGAGGAGGAUAUUAUCGGUGCUUCGCGCGCAUGGAUCGGUGGCAUUUUCGCUGGAAGUCCGCAUUCGUGGGAGGAUUUGGCUUUCUUGCGGAAGAAUUGGGAUGGGCCGAUUGUGUUGAAGGGGAUCCAGCACGUGGAGGAUGCGAGGCUAGCGCUGAAAUAUGGGUGUGAUGGGAUUGUGGUAUCCAAUCAUGGUGGUCGUCAAGUGGAUGGUGCUAUCGGGUCUUUGGACGUUCUUCCUGAAAUAGUCGAUGCUGUCGGGGACAAGAUGACGGUACUUUUCGACUCGGGGAUUCGGACAGGUUCGGAUGUGAUCAAGGCACUGUGCUUAGGAGCCAAAGCAGUUCUUGUUGGUCGACCGGUGAUUUACGGACUGAGCAUUCAGGGCCGAGACGGGGCUAGACAGGUCCUUAAGGGGCUUUUAACCGAUUUGUGGCAGAACAUGGGCCUGUCGGGGAUUCGGAGGGUGAAAGAUUGCGACCGGAGUCAGAUUCGCAAGGUGCAAUACGGAGGCGAUGUGAAAGCGAUGAUGUAG